AUGGGCCUUUUUCACAAGAAGGACUCCAAGUCGCAAGACUCACGCAGCAGCAAGUCAGGUCCCAGACCUGCAGUCUCGGGUGACAGACUGUCAGAGUACUCGAUAAGAUCACCAAAACUCGUCAGCAGCUCACAGACCAACGGAGCUUUGCCCAGGAUGGCCAGCUCGAUACCCAACAAUAUCGAAAUGCCGCCCACGCCUGAUCCAGCAGAGAAGCCGGCAGCGUAUCUUCGGAGCAUACAGGCUGCGAACCAGCUGAAUCACUUUGCCGUUGAUAUGUCCAAAUUCCAGGAGACGGCCGACUACGUAGUAUCCAUCAUCAAACGAGAUUUUGCUGGCGACUACGAGAACAUCCCACCCCAUGGCCGAUGGCAACAUUUCGAAGUCGGUGGUAGGCCUCGAGUGACGCAAUUGCUACAAGCUUGGCCAAAUUCCGUAGACAACACGGAGAGAACUCGACGACUGAUUGAUCUAUUCCUCGUGUCAGUCCUACUGGAUGCCGGAGCAGGCACAUCAUGGUCAUACAAGUCCAAGGAAUCCGGUCGAGUCUAUUCCAGAAGUGAAGGGUUGGCAGUGGCUAGCUUGGAGAUGUUCAAGGCAGGUUACUUCUCUAGCAGAAAAGAUCAGCCCCAUCAAGUCGACGCGGCCGGACUACGCAACGUAACAGUGGAGACUCUGGCAAAGGGUAUGCAGGUCUCUGAGACCAACCCAAUGUCUGGACUCGAAGGCCGGGCUGGGUUGCUCAUGAGACUAUCGUCUGCGCUCCAGAAGCCCGAGAUGUUCGGAGCUGAUGCAAGACCUGGAAACAUGAUUGAUUACUUGAUCUCGCAUCCGACUACACAAGCAUCAUCAGUGCCUGUCGUGCCAUUGCCGACACUAUGGUCCGUUCUCAUGGACGGCCUAACAGAGAUCUGGCCAGCGACCCGCACAAAGAUCGAUGGUGUCCCACUGGGCGACGCCUGGAAUUGCUCGUCCAUGCCAACAUCCCCUCCUGCUCAACCGUGGGAAAACAUCGUACCCUUCCACAAGCUGACUCAAUGGCUGUGCUACUCCAUCAUGGUGCCCAUGACAAAGCUGCUCAACGUCCACUUCGCCGGCGCCGAGCUGAUGACUGGACUACCAGAAUAUCGCAAUGGCGGCCUGCUUGUUGACACCGGUCUUCUGACGCUCAAGGACCAGGACACCAAGAGGGGUCUCGAGACCUACCACAGGGUCACGCCAUCCAACAAAGCUACUGAAGUGGUGCCAACUUUCGAACCAAGUGACGAUGUGGUGGUCGAAUGGAGAGCAGUCACCGUAGGAUUCCUCGAUGAGCUUCUUGCGGCGGUCAACAAGGGUCUGGGCGUGCAAUUGAGCCUGGCACAGAUGCUGGAGGCUGGCACGUGGAAGGGAGGACGAGAAAUCGCACAAGUAUCCCGCCCGAUCACAAAAGGCCCCCCAAUUGGCAUCAUCAGCGACGGCACGGUCUUCUAG